AAAGAAAUAGAGAGAGAUAGAAAGUAAUAAGAUACAAAUACACCACAAUGAAUCAUCGACCUAUCCAAGACCAUAUGAUGCUUAUCUCUCAGUUAUACCCUGCCGGUGCAUACACUCAAAUUAUUACUCAACAAGGGGAGAAGAAGCCAAGACGCCGGCGUAAUAAGAAGAGCAAAGGAGGAGAAAACGGAGCCUCGGAAGCCAACAAAAAAAGGAAGCUUAGUCUAGAACAAGUUAAUCUACUUGAGCUAAACUUUGGAAAUGAGCAUAAACUUGAGUCCGAAAGGAAGGACAGGCUCGCAAUGGAGCUAGGUUUGGACCCUCGACAAGUUGCCGUGUGGUUUCAAAAUAGAAGAGCUCGAUGGAAGAACAAGAAGUUGGAAGAAGAGUACUCGAACCUUAAAAAAAACCAUGAAACCACCUUGCUCGAGAAAUGUCGCCUUGAAAGUGAGGUGUUAAAGCUGAAGGAUCAACUGUCGGAGGCUGAGAAGGAGAUUCAGCGGCUUCUAGAGCGUGCUGAUAGAGUCCCAAGCAACAGUUCCAGUACUUCAUCACAGUCACAGUCACAGUCACAGUCAAUGGAAGCUGUGGACCCACCAUUUCUUGGAGAAUUUGGAGUUGAUGGAUAUGACGAUGAUGUGUUCUACGUGCCUGAGACCCAUUACAUCAAUGGCAUGGAAUGGAUUAAUGUGUUCAUGUAA